CCGUUUCCGGAAGUUGACAGUCCAAAAAGUGAGCGCGACCAGGUGAGCCCGUAUCUCCCGCCCUACGGCCGCGCGGAGGAUGGUUACCAACUACAGCCUCGUGCGUGGAGCUCGCUAGCACGAGAGGUUGUUGUUGUUGUGGUUGAUGUUUUAUGUUUAUUAUUAUAUAUUUAUGUUAUAUAUAUAUAUUAUAUAUGUAUAUGAGAAACAUGAAGGCGACCCGCGCCGCGCACGGCUUACUGCGCGCCUGCGUCCUGUCCUGGCUCGCCUACCUGUUGUCCUCCACCUGCGCCACCUGCGGAGCGGCGGCCUCCGACCACCACCGCCACCAGCAGCACCGCCACCAGCGCCACCACCACCGGCCGCUGACGGAGGAGCAGAAGGCGGACCAGAACCUGCAGUUCAUGUUGAGUCUGUACCGCAGCGCCGCGGAGCCGGACGGCCGGCCCAAGCAGCACCGGAAGUUCGGCUCCAACACGGUGCGCCUGCUGAGGCCGUCCGCCGCCUCGGUGCGCCACCUGCCGGCCUCCCCAGACCACCGCUACAGCUUCACCGUGCAGUACAACCUGGACACGGUUCCCUCUGAGCAGCUGAUCAGAGCCUCCUUCAUCCACCUCCGCUCUGCACCGUCGUCCUCCUCCGCCCGGCCCCUCCGCCCCCCCCGCUGCAGGGCUCAGAUCCCCUCACUGGGCAAAGCCAGCCUGGUCACCCUCGAGCCCCACGAGCGGUGGACCGAGACGGACAUCACCGCCCACGUCCGGCGGGGGAGGAGCCGGGGCCCGGGGGGCCACUUGACCCUCACGGCCCAGUACUGGUGCACGGAGCCCCCGCGCGCCGGAGGGGGCGGCGGCCUCUUGGGGUGGCGGUUUCCCCUCCACGGGAGGGAGCCCCACCUCGAGGUCCCGUCUCUUCUUUUAUACGUGGAGGAGGAGCGGGAGGGGAAGGACUGGAUGGGCGACCUGCUGGGGGUCCAAGGGGAGAACGUCACGCGGCGACUCGGGCAGUGGCAUCCUUCCCCGCCGCCGCCACCCCCCCUCCCCUUCCACCGCCGCCGCCGCUCCAAAGACCCCUCCCCAACGGACCCCAAGGACGCGUCGCUUGACGUGCUGCGAAACGCCCCCACCUACUCCUCCUCUUUCUCCACCUCCACCUCCGCCUCCAUCAUCUCCGACAUCCACGGCGCCAACCGGCGGGCGGCCGCGCCCAAGAACCGCUGCAAGCUGCACUCCUUCCGCCUGUCCUUCGACGAGCUGGGCUGGGGCCAGUACUUCAUCGCGCCGCUGGUGUACAACCCGCGCUUCUGCCAGGGCAACUGCCCCCGGGUGCUGACCUACGGCUUCCACUCGCCCAACCACGCCAUCAUCCAGACGGUCAUCAGCGACCUGGGCGUGGGCGACGUCCCGCCGCCCUCCUGCGUGCCGUACAAGUACAUGCCCAUGAGCGUGCUGGUGGUGCACAAGAAGAAGGUGGAGUACCGGGAGCUGGAGGACAUGGUCGCCGAGUCGUGCACCUGCCGCUGACUCGGCGGCGGCGGGGGGGGCGGCGGCGAGGGGGUUUAAGCACUUUACCGUUGAAGCACUUUAAAAAGAAACGGGCAGCUGAAGCUCUGAUUGAGAAGCCGAGUGUGGGAGCGUUUUAAAGCCUCCAGGCCAAUAAAAUAAAACCACAUCGACUCAAUGAAAUGGACUUAAACGUCAGGUAGCUUUUUAAAAAAAUAAGAAAAAAAAAGGCGUGGAGGCGCUGGCUUGUUUGGGUAUGAAGCGUUGAAUCAUCGCCGGCGGUCGAACCUCAAACCGCAGCCGUCUAACUCGUGCGUUCCUUCUCGUGCUCGUCUGUGUGCCGUUUGUUCUUUUUGUCCUUUUAAAGAGAGAAAAAAAAAAAACUUGAUUGGUGUUUCGUAUCAGAGCUGACAUUCCCAAGAAGAACCCCCCCCCCCCCAAAAAACAACAACUUAUGUAUUGAAGAACAGCGUGCGGUUUGAUGGCACGGCGACGUAUUAGUGGCUGCUAAAAUAUAAAGAAGUCAGCGUUUUAAUGGAUGAGGGCUCGACCGCGUUAGACGGGACCUCGAAGGCUUUCGUGUCGUCACAAUUGAUUUUGCUGUUUACAAUCAACUUUUGUAUGUAUUUAUAAUGGGAGGGGGCUCCAAAAAAACCGUAAUGUGCUGCUACCGGGCUGUCUUAGAAAAUAAUAAAACCCUGAAUGAAGGAUUAAGAGAAAAGAUCACGUGAAAGAAGAAAAAAAGUUUUGUAGUCGGAAGGAAUGCAAUUUUUAUUACGCGUGAAAAUGGAUAAUACAAUAAAAUGCAUGUUUUCUAAAAGCCUAA